AGGUGGAGCAUUGAAGCUUAAGGAAAUCCAAAAUGGUUGAAAAGCCCCGCUCCCUUGAUGAUGUUAAUAGGGAAGUUGUUGAUCUGGAGAAUAUACCCCUUGAAGAAGUUUUUGAGCAUCUUACCUGUACAAGGGAGGGUUUGACUUCUGAUGCAGUUCAAAAACGAUUGGAUUUAUUUGGAUACAACAAACUUGAGGAGAAAAAGGAAAACAAAAUACUGAAGUUUCUAGGCUUUAUGUGGAAUCCUUUAUCAUGGGUUAUGGAAGCUGCAGCUAUCAUGGCCAUUGGUCUUGCACAUGGAGGGGGCAAAGGUUCAGAUUAUCAUGACUUCUUUGGCAUCCUGAUCUUACUAAUUAUCAACUCUACCAUCAGUUUCAUAGAGGAAAACAAUGCUGGAAAUGCAGCUGCUGCUCUUAUGGCACGCUUGGCCCCAAAAGCCAAGGCAUUGCGCGAUGGAAGAUGGAGUGAAGAAGAUGCUGCAGUGCUGGUUCCUGGAGACAUAAUCAGUAUCAAACUUGGUGACAUUGUUCCUGCUGACGCGCGUCUUCUUGAAGGAGAUCCUCUAAAAAUUGAUCAGUCUGCUCUUACUGGGGAAUCUCUUCCAGUAACAAAAAAUCCAGGUGAUGGGGUUUAUUCAGGUUCAACAUGCAAGCAAGGGGAAAUUGAAGCAGUUGUUAUUGCAACUGGCGUUCACACUUUCUUUGGGAAGGCAGCUCAUCUUGUGGAAAACACCACACAUGUUGGACAUUUCCAGAAGGUUUUAACGGCAAUCGGAAACUUCUGCAUUUGUUCAAUUGCUGUUGGGAUGGCUAUUGAAAUCAUCGUGAUAUACGCGGUUCACGGGAGGGGAUACCGUGUUGGCAUUGAUAACCUACUUGUCCUACUAAUUGGGGGCAUACCAAUUGCAAUGCCAACUGUUCUUUCAGUUACAAUGGCAAUCGGUUCUCAUCGUUUAUCACAGCAGGGUGCCAUAACAAAGAGAAUGACAGCCAUCGAGGAAAUGGCUGGAAUGGAUGUAUUAUGCAGUGACAAAACAGGCACACUGACGCUUAACAAGCUUACAGUGGAUAAAAAUUUGAUUGAGGUUUUUGUCAAAGGUGUUGACAAGGAUAUGGUUGUACUUAUGGCUGCAAGAGCAUCUAGGUUAGAGAACCAAGAUGCCAUUGAUGCUGCAAUUGUUUCAAUGUUGGCAGACCCCAAGGAGGCACGAGCCGGAAUCGAAGAAGUUCACUUCCUACCAUUCAAUCCAACUGAUAAAAGGACUGCACUUACCUACAUCGAUGGUGCUGGUAAAAUGCAGAGAGUCAGCAAAGGUGCACCAGAGCAGAUUCUCAAUCUGGCGCACAACAAAUCCGAAAUUGAAUGGAGGGUACAUUCAAUUAUUGACAAGUUUGCAGAACGUGGACUGCGUUCCCUUGGAAUUGCCUGCCAGGAAGUACCUGCUGGAACCAAAGACAGUCCUGGUGGCCCCUGGGAGUUUGUUGGCCUUCUUCCUCUUUUUGACCCUCCUCGCCAUGACAGUGCUGAAACAAUUAGAAGAGCUUUGGACCUGGGUGUGAGUGUUAAAAUGAUCACAGGUGACCAGCUCGCAAUUGGCAAGGAAACAGGAAGACGGCUUGGUAUGGGCACAAACAUGUACCCCUCUUCAUCUCUACUUGGUGAUAGUAAGGGUGGGGCACUUGCUGCUCUCCCCAUUGAUGAGCUCAUUGAGCAAGCUGACGGUUUUGCUGGCGUCUUUCCCGAACAUAAGUAUGAGAUUGUGAGUAGAUUACAAGCUAGAAAGCACAUUUGUGGAAUGACUGGUGAUGGAGUAAAUGAUGCACCUGCCUUGAAGAAAGCCGACAUAGGAAUUGCAGUGGCAGAUUCCACAGAUGCUGCCCGUGGUGCUUCAGAUAUUGUUCUAACAGAACCAGGGUUGAGUGUAAUCAUUAGUGCUGUUUUGACAAGCCGUGCAAUCUUCCAGCGAAUGAAAAACUACACGAUAUAUGCUGUGUCUAUGACCAUACGUAUUGUGCUAGGUUUUAUGUUGCUGAAUAUCUUCUGGAGAUUUGACUUCCCUCCUUUCAUGGUUCUUGUCAUCGCCAUUCUUAAUGAUGGUACUAUCAUGACCAUAUCCAAGGACAGGGUCAAGCCUUCUCCACUUCCCGACAGUUGGAAACUCAGUGAAAUUUUUGCAACAGGGAUUGUCCUUGGUAGUUACCUUGCUCUAAUGACUGUCAUAUUCUUCCGGGCAGCUUUUGAAUCCACCUUCUUUGAAAAGAAAUUCUUUCAGGAACAUUUUCAUUUGAAGAACAUCAGCAAGGGCCAGAUAGAUGAAAAAGCUCGUAAUGAAAUGAUGGCAUCUGCUGUGUAUCUUCAAGUUAGCACCAUCAGCCAGGCAUUAAUAUUUGUGACUCGCUCUAGGGGCUGGUCUUUUAUGGAACGACCUGGGUUUUUGCUCCUAACUGCCUUCGCUAUUGCUCAACUGGUUGCAACAAUAAUAUCUGCCACUGCAACUUGGAAAUUUGCUGAAAUAAGAAAAAUUGGUUGGGGUUGGACAGGUGUCAUUUGGAUAUACAAUAUUCUGACUUAUUUCUUGCUUGAUCCCUUGAAAUUUGCAGUCCGAUAUGCAAUAAGUGGACGCGCCUGGGAUCUAGUGGUAGACCAAAAGACUGCAUUUACCAACAAAAAGAACUUUGGUAAAGAAGCUCGCGAGGCUGCUUGGGCAGCAGAGCAGAGAACACUACACGGCCUCCAAUCUGCUGAAACGAAAUGGUUUUCUGAGAAACACACUUUCAGGGACAUCAGUCUUAUGGCAGAAGAAGCUAAAAGGCGUGCAGAGAUUGCAAGGUUGAGGGAGCUUCACACUCUGAAAGGCAAGGUUGAGUCAUUUGCCAAGCUUCGGGGAUUAGACAUUGAUGCAGUCAACCAGCACUACACUGUCUAAUUUGUGUUCUUGAUGGUGUUGAUCUCUCUUCAUGAUUUCAUUAAUCACUUUUUUAUGUCUUUAUUAUGAAAAUAGUAAAGAACUAAACCAAUUAUGGUUGAUAUCCUGUAGUGUAUCAACAAAUGCCUAUAUUUUUAUGUGAUGACAA